AGUUCUGCGGUUCUUCAGGCGGAAGCUAAAAAGAAUCCAAUCCACGCGACUCAUGGGCCUCGCCCAACCCAAUAGUCUCCAAUAAUCAGAUGGACGGUGCGAAUGAUGGACACAGCUGCCUGGCCCUUGUUGUUUUGUUCUUGUCUACUGGGAAUUUAGGCACCGUAGCGGUGUCGUCCUUUACUCCUUUUUCUUCUCCUCCGGUUCGCGUGCUGUCUCCCCACUCCGCUUCCUGCCACUACUUUGAUCCCCCUCCACCUAUCUACGUACACCUCCCUCUAAGCCUCGUUUCAUCUUCACCCAAGCUUCCUUCCCUUCCAUUGCUCUAUUUGCUUCUUCCCCUUUUCUGCCUGUUUCUCUCCUUUAAGCUCUUUUCUUCCGACAUUUUCGCGGCGCCUCCUUACUUCCAAACCGCCAAACAAACACUGGUCAGACGCACUAGGCACAAAUCCCCCGAUCAUCUGCGCCUCUAGCCGGUUCCUACUUGCAUUGGAUACUGGUUAAUAUCAGGUGAAAUACUACGUUUACUGUGAUCGAAGGCAUAUGGUCCCUUUUCCCGACCGAUUCUUGUGCCGGAUUCGACGUCAUGGAGGGAAACGGCAAGGGCAAAGACGCUACGGAUAGCGCCCCGAUUACCUGUCUCAUCUCUUCUUUCUCACUUCGAGAACCUCGCAUCACAUCGCCGCUCCCCGUCG